CGUUAGCGUCAAAUGAAAUCGCCCAAUUCCUCCGUCUUCAGCUCGAAAGAAUCUGUUUGAUCGCCCCAAAGUUCGAAGAAUCAGUCGAGUAAGAGCGAGGUAGAUCAUCGAUGGCGGAAACGGUUGCCGGCGCCGGUAAGAGGACGGUGCAGGUGCUCGACACGGAAGAGGACUUGGCGGUGGCUCUCGCCAAGUACACCGCCGAUCUCUCCGCGAAAUUCGUAAAGGAGAGAGGAGCCUUCACCGUCGUCUUGUCCGGGGGCUAUCUCAUCGACUGCCUCAGGAAAUUAGUGGAACCGCCGUAUGCGGAUUCAGUCGAAUGGUCCAAGUGGCGUGUCUUUUGGGUAGAUGAGAGAGUUGUCCCGAAAGAUCACGUUGAUAGUAACUACAAACUUGCUUAUGACGGAUUCCUCUCAAAGGUACCGAUUCUUCCAGGCAAUGUCUAUGCCAUUAAUGAUGCACUCUCGGCAGAGGGUGCAGCAGAUGAUUAUGAGACCUGCAUUAAGCAACUAGUGAAGAGCAAUGUGGUGGCUUUAUCAACAUCUACUGGGUUUCCAAAAUUCGACCUCAUGCUUCUAGGCAUGGGCCCGGAUGGGCAUGUGGCAUCGUUGUUCCCGGGCCAUCCACUUGUCAAGGAGAAGGAGAGAUGGGUCACUUUCAUCGAGGACUCGCCAAAGCCGCCUCCACAAAGAAUCACUUUCACAUUCCCGGUAAUCAACUCAUCUGCAUUCAUUGCUAUGGUGGUUGCAGGGCCUGGUGAGGUCGAUGCAGUCCACACUGCACUGGGAAAUAGUCAGAGUCCGAAUACAUUGCCGGUUCAAAUGGUUCUGCCGGAAGAGGAGUUGGCCUGGUUUUUGGACAAGCAGGCUGCUUCAAAGCUGUAGGGUGGGCAUAUCAGUUUCUGUUGUCUGUUUUUGGGUUGUCAUGUGGUAUUGCAAUCACCCAUAUAUUUCGGAGUGUACAACUUUUGUGACUCGGAACUUCUGAGGUAUGUAAGUCCUGUUUUAUAUCGACUGUGAUGCAUGUAACUUAACCUAUUC